CGCGACGCCGAGGAGGCGCUCGACAUCUUCGAGACCCCCGACCUCAUCGGCGGCGACCCCGGCGACGACGAAGACCUGGCGGCCAAGAGGCUGGGCAUCGAGGACGCCGCGGGCCUGGGGGGCCCCGACGGCAAGUCUGGCCGCUGGAGGAGGCUGCAGCCCCGCAUGUGGGCCCUCUUCGAGGACCCCUACUCGUCCAGAGCCGCCAGGUUUAUUGCUUUUGCUUCUUUAUUCUUCAUCCUGGUUUCGAUCACAACCUUUUGCCUGGAGACACAUGAAGCUUUCAAUAUUGUUAAAAACAAGACAGAACCAGUCAUCAAUGGCACAAGCGUUGUUCUGCAAUAUGAAAUCGAAACGGAUCCUGCCUUGACGUAUGUAGAAGGAGUGUGUGUGGUGUGGUUUACUUUUGAAUUUUUAGUCCGUAUCAUUUUUUCCCCUAAUAAACUUGAAUUCAUCAAAAAUCUCUUGAAUAUCAUUGACUUUGUGGCCAUCCUACCCUUCUACUUAGAGGUGGGACUCAGUGGGCUGUCAUCCAAAGCUGCUAAAGAUGUACUUGGCUUCCUCAGGGUGGUAAGAUUUGUGAGGAUCCUGAGAAUCUUCAAGCUCACCCGCCAUUUUGUAGGUCUGAGGGUGCUUGGACACACGCUUCGAGCUAGCACUAAUGAAUUUUUGCUGCUGAUAAUCUUCCUGGCUCUAGGAGUUUUGAUAUUUGCUACUAUGAUCUACUAUGCCGAGAGAGUAGGAGCUCAACCUAACGACCCUUCAGCUAGUGAGCACACGCAGUUUAAAAACAUUCCAAUUGGCUUCUGGUGGGCUGUAGUGACCAUGACUACCUUGGGCUAUGGGGAUAUGUACCCCCAAACAUGGUCAGGGAUGCUGGUGGGAGCCCUGUGUGCUCUGGCUGGAGUGCUGACAAUAGCCAUGCCAGUGCCUGUCAUUGUCAACAACUUUGGGAUGUACUACUCCUUGGCAAUGGCGAAGCAGAAACUUCCAAGGAAAAGAAAGAAGCACAUCCCUCCUGCCCCUCAGGCAAGCUCACCUACUUUUUGCAAGACAGAAUUAAAUAUGGCCUGUAAUAGCACACAGGGUGACACGUGUCUGGGCAAAGACAAUCGGCUUCUGGAACAUAACAGAUCAGUGUUAUCAGGUGACGACAGUACAGGAAGUGAGCCGCCAUUAUCACCCCCAGAAAGGCUCCCCAUCAGACGCUCUAGUACCAGAGACAAAAACAGAAGAGGGGAAACAUGUUUCCUACUGACAACAGGUGAUUACACGUGUGCUUCUGAUGGAGGGAUCAGGAAAGAUAACUGCAAAGAGGUUGUCAUUACUGGUUACACGCGAGCUGAGGCCAGAGCUCUUACUUAA